GGGCUGGGCUAUAAAGCAAGGAUGCGGUGCAUGGCCCAGCAGAGCCUGGGGAUGGCGUGCUUCCUGGGGUGCUCGCUCCUGCUGCUGCUGUGGGCCUCUGCCACUCGGCCGGAGGUCCUGCUGCAGCCUGAUUUUGAUGCCCAAAAGUUCUCAGGCCUCUGGUUUGUGGUCUCCAUGGCCUCCGACUGCAAGGUCUUCCUUGGCAAGAAGGACCACCUGCUGAUGUCCACCAGGGCUGUGACUGCGGUGGGAGAUGGUGACCUCCACGUGCACAUGGAGUUCCCAGGACCCGAAGGCUGUCGCCAGGUGGAUGCAGACUUCCUGAGGGUGGGCUCUCAGGGCCACUUCAGAGUUCCAGCCCUCCGCUACCUGGAUGUGCGCGUGGUGGAAACGGACUACAGCUCCUUCGCAGUGGUCUACAUCUACAAGGAGCUGGAGGGGGCGCUCAGCACCAUGGUGCAGCUCUACAGCCGGAGCCAGGAUCCAAGCUCACAGGCUGUGACAGCCUUCAGGGACUUCUACCCGACCGUGGGGCUCCCGGACGACAUGACGGUCACGCUGCCCAAGUCAGGUGACCCGCCCGCCCAGACACGCCCACCCCGCCAACCAGACACGCCUACCCUCAAACCAAACACGCUUACCCGCCGAAGCCACGCCCAGACACGCCCACCCUCAAAACAGACACGCCUACCCCGCCAACCAGACACGCCCAAUCCGGCCGAAGCCACGCCCAGACACGCCUACUCUCAAACAGACACGCCUACUCUCAAACAGACACGCCCACUCAGCCGAAGUUCCGCCCAGACAUGCCAUCCGCCAACCAGUCACGCCUACCCUCAAACCAGACACGCUUACCCGCCGAAGCCACGCCUAGACACGCCCACCCUCAAACAGACACGCCCACCCCGCCGAAGCCCCGGCCAGAUACCCCAUCCGCCAACCAGACACGCCCACUCAUCCGAAGCCCCGCCCAGACACGCCACCCGCCAACCAGACGCGCCCAAUGACUACCAGGCACGCCCACCCGACCUAAACCCCGCCUAGGCACGCCAUCCUCCAACCGGGCACGCCCACUUCGGCAGCAUGCUCACCUCGGCGCGGCAGCGGCCCGGCGCGUCUCCCGCCCCCUCCCAGGACGCGGGCGGGCUGUCCGGCCGGCCCAGCCGCUCAGACCGUUCCUGCGCAGGUGCCUGCCCCACGGAGGCCCCAGCACUAGCCGAGACCGUCCCGGAGCGCCGCCCCGGCCCCGCCCAGGUGGGCACGGGCUGUGCGUGCCAGCCGCCUGCUCUCG